GGAUAUACUUUGAACCUUUUGACCAAGUGGAGUCAAAUGAAGUAAAGCAUGCGCUCCAAUCAUUAUAGGUCAGCAGCAAGACUAAAGUGUAAUUUAAUGGCUCACUGCACGGGAAGUCCUGUUCUUGGAAAGAGAAGAUGAACUUGUUUACAUGUAUGGCUCAAUUGAUACGGACUCCGCCUUGUUGCAUUCGGAGUGCUUGAGCCAAAUUUCUAUAACAUGAUGUUCCACCCCGACCAGAUGAAGAGUUUCUUAAGCAGUCACAGAAUACGACUCUUCUCUUCUGCCCAUCAUGUACUUCUCAAAAAUCCUCCUUCUAAUUUCCCCUCUCCUCUUAUCCAUCAACGCAUCUCCAAUUGAAGAACGAGCCUCCUGGCCUUACGCCCCCUUUACCACAUCAGGUCGAUGGAUUCUUGAUUCAGCUGGCCACAAUGUGUCUUAUGCUGGUGCCAAUUGGCCUGGUGCUGCAGACACCAUGAUACCUGAGGGUCUCCAGUAUCAAUCAAUCGCCAGUAUCGUGACGAAGAUUAAAAGUCUAGGAAUGAAUGUCAUUCGUCUUACAUAUGCCAUUGAGAUGAUUGAUGAUUUUUACGCCAAUGGUCAGGUGGAUACAUCGAUUUUGACCAGUUUCACAAAGGCAUUGGGAACAACCAAUGGUACAGCCGUUUUCAAUCAGGUUGUUAAGAACAAUCCUACUUUUACAAGUAAGACAACUAGGAUGCAGGUCUUUGAUGCUAUUGCUGCAGAGUGCUUCAAGCAGCAGAUUUAUGUGCAUCUUGAUAAUCAUGUCUCGAAAGCUAUUUGGUGCUGCUCUAAUACUGACGGAAACUCUUGGUUUGGAGAUACUUAUUUCAAUGUUUCGAAUUGGCAACGAGGUAUUGCAUACAUGGCUACUCGGGGUGCGUCCUGGGGUAACUUAAUGUCCAUGGCACUUCGCAACGAACUGAGAGAACCAACUUCAAACCCUUCUCUCGAUUCGUCUUCAUAUAACUGGGAAAAUUGGUACACCAAUGUUGUAGCCGGCAUGAACAGUAUCCACACCGCUAACCCCAACGUUUUGAUCUUCAUCUCGGGUCUCAACUUCGAUACCGAUUUAUCAACCAUCCCAAACGCAGGUCUCCUCACACCAUCUACCACUCAAAAAUUCCUCAAAUCAUCUUUCUCCUAUGCUAACAAGUUGGUUUUGGAACUUCACAAUUACGCAAGCAGUACUUCCAGCUGCUCAAGUUUGCAAAGCAGUCUCAAGUCUCAAGGAUAUAAUGCUUUGAAUGCUGGAGUCACGAAUCAAAUGCCGGUGGUGUUGACGGAGUGGGGUCAUGCCCAGACAGCGGCGGAUUAUGCAACGGUUUACUCGACAUGUUUGAAGACAUAUCUAACUUCUAUCAAGGGAGGUUGGAUGGUUUGGGUUCUAAGCGGAAGCUAUUACAUUCGAUCUGGAACUCAAGAUUUUGAAGAGACUUGGGGCUUACUUACCCAUGACUGGUCAGCUUGGAGAGAUCCAACAGAUGUGGCCAAUGUGAUUGUGCCAAUGGUUAGUGGGACGAAGAUUUACUCGCCAUAAUCUCUAUCAAUGAAAACAUGAAUAACGGAUUGAAAUGAUCAACUUGUAUAUAUGAUUACUUUUUUUUAUUAAAAAAAAUAGCAAUAGUCCCAUUUGAAUGCUUUUUUUUUAACCCCAAAUCACUAGUA